GGUUCCGACUGUGACAACUGUGGUUCUGUCAUUUAUCGUCUGUCUACACCAUAUCGGCACAUUACACAUGUUUCAUUUAUUUUUAUUUUGUGCCUUUCCAAAUUUGACAACAGCGCCAGACGGCCUGACGAGCUGCCGUGAACGUGUCUCUCCAGCUCCCUCUUUCACCGACACAUCGACGGCCAGCUGACGGAGCCCGGAGCUCGGUAGCCAGCUAACUAGCUCCGCUGUUUUUCCAAUCGAACUGCCCUUUGUCUUUACGAGCCAGUCCGCUAGCUGGGAGCGCCUCUCCUCUGCUGUUCGCCGACACUGGCUCUUGCCAAAAGGAAAUUAAACCUUGUUUCGCCUGACAAGGGUUCAGCAGACCAAGAUAGGCGGCUUGGGAAGCAAGAUGUCGAACCGAGUGGUGUGCCGAGAAGCGAGUCACGCCGGCAGCUGGUACUCUGCUUCGGGAUCCCAGCUGAACGCACAACUAGAAGGCUGGCUGUCUAAAGCAGAGUCUACAAUCAAACCUGCAAGAGCCAUCAUAGCGCCGCAUGCUGGGUAUACCUACUGUGGUGGUUGUGCAGCAUAUGCAUACAAGCAGAUUGAUCCCUCUGUUACUCGUAGGGUGUUCAUCCUGGGACCUUCACACCAUGUGCCCCUCUCCCGCUGUGCCCUGUCACCUGCAGAGAUCUAUAGAACACCUCUCUAUGACCUGAGAAUCGACCACAAGGUUUAUGCUGACCUCUGGAAAACUGGGUUGUUUGAGCGGAUGAGUCUGCAAACAGAUGAAGAUGAGCACAGUAUUGAAAUGCACUUGCCUUACACUGCUAAAGCCAUGGAGAGCCACAAGGACGAGUUUAGCAUCGUCCCUGUGCUUGUGGGGGCCCUGAGUGAGUCCAAGGAACAGGAAUAUGGGAAGCUGCUCAGCAAGUACCUGGCAGACCCUUCCAACCUUUUCAUUAUCUCAUCCGACUUCUGCCACUGGGGUCAACGGUUCCGCUACACAUACUAUGAUGAAUCUCAAGGGGAGAUCCACAACUCUAUCGAGCAUCUUGAUAAAAUGGGGAUGGGCAUUAUUGAACAGCUGGAUCCCAUGUCUUUCACCAACUACUUGAAGAAGUACCGCAACACCAUCUGUGGGCGUCACCCUAUUGGAGUGCUUCUAAAUGCUGUGGCUGAGCUGAAGAAGUCUGGCUUAGAUAUGAACUUUUCUUUCCUGAACUACGCCCAAUCGAGUGAGUGCAGGAACUGGCAGGACAGCUCCGUGAGUUACGCUGCUGGGGCUCUCAGCGCUCAUUGAGGUCGACUUUCGCAGGGGCCCCCGCAGCGCUGCUGUCCUGCCUUCACCGACUAUCGCCAUAACCCGACCCAAGCCCCCCCCCCCCAGUUACGUCCAUUAUUUGCAGGCAGGAUUUAGACACUCAAAGCCAAUAUAGUCUUGUUUAUCUGUCUCUCCCUCAGCUCUCCUCUGCCUUUCUCCACCCUCCUCUCAGUUUUGAUGUGUGUUUCAGAGCAUAGAGUUGAAAUAUUUAGCUUGAAGUGCAGUUUUGAGAUCAUGGAGGUGCAGAUGGUCAGAAAGAAAAGAAUACAAAUUGCAGAGCUUAUGCAGCAUUUUUAAAUUUUGCCAGAAGAAAAUGGAAUGAGUAUAUUGACUGCCUGCUUCAUGCGACUUACACUCUGAAGACGGCGUCACCGAUAGUCGACCAUUCAACAUGUUGUAGUUACUAAAAAAGGGUUGCACCCAAAAAAAAUCACUAACCCCCCCACUGUACAAACCAAAAAUGUUAUUACUUUUACUUUAUCAAAUGUUAUCUUUAAUUCAUAUGUUAUUUCUUUUUCAUUUCACCCCUUUUUAUUAGAUGUGAAAGUAUUUACUCAAGUAGUGUGUAGAUUUGCACAAAGGCGGUGUGGUCAGUCAAGCUCUAAAGCAUCAACAUCAUCUGCCCAAUAAAUGACUCCCAGAUUCCAAUUAUAUGCCUGUAGCAUGAGAGACAUAUUUUGCGCUGGGGCCAGAAUCCAGUUUUGGGUACUACAGAAAUGUAAUCAGAGCUGGAUAUUGUGUAAAUUACUGCAACACUGACGCCUCUAGUCUUUGUUUACACUCUCUCCUUGAAUCUCUGGAGUUAAUGAGUUUUUGUUUUUGCUAAUCUUGUAGAAAAUGUCUUUUGUUACACAUUCAGUGACGUCCACCUGAUCUGCUUUUCACAAGGUAGUCCUCGACAUCUUUUUGUGUGUUGAUACAUUUUGAUUUAAGAAUGCCAAAAGUUA